AUGAUUCCACAUCCUCAAGUCAAACUUCAGAGAGGAGAGGUCACUGGGCAAGGGGACAGGCGGGUUAGCUUGCUGACAGCCCCAACCUGUCAGCUCUCAGAGUGCACAUUGCAUUUGUGAUCACCUGGCUGCACUCAGGAACAACCCAGUCACACACCUAGGCAGGAGGCCUGCCCCUCCUCCCCGGGUUGAGGAAACAGGAAAAGGUGGCCCUGAGAGGCAGCGAGCAGGUCUGCAGAGCGCGGUGGCCAGCGCCCCAGCUAGGAUGGGCUCUCUCUGGGGCCUGGCUCUGCCCCUUUUCUUCUGCUGGGAGGCUGGGCUGUCUGGCAGCUCCGCAGGCCCCAGCGCCAGCAGACCAGACACCUUGGUGACAACAAAUGACAUAGAAGUGCCUGCUGUGACUCCAGGGGUCAGGACAAGCUCCGAGGAGGCCUUCCAGACCACUGGCCUCACUGAGACCUCAGCACCAGGCCAUGUCGCUUUGGAAACUCAAACUAUGAGCACCGAGACCUUUUCUAGGCUUUUAAUCCCAGCCAGCACCAUUCUCGAAGAAGAGACCAGGGAAACUGAGACUGUUUCCCCUGCAACAGAGACCAGGACCCUCACAAAAAUAAUACCUUCCAAGUUCAUGGUUGUGUUCACCGCCUGUAUGGAGACAUCAGCCUCAAGUGGCAGCCCCACGGGAACUGGGAUGACCAGAGAUGAGACUGUCACAGGCAGUGAUCCUGUGGACGCCAUCUUUCACACCCUUUGUACCGAUGACAGCUCUGAAGAGGCAGAGAGGGUCACAACUGACGUCUUGACAUCGGCUCACACCUCCAGAGAAGCUCAAGGCCUGUCCUCAGAGAGCAGCUCCUCCUCUGACAGCUCAGGUCCAGUCGUCACCACCUCACGAGCCCUGGACCCUGGCGUCACUAUUCCAGCUGAAGGCUUGGUUGCCUGCACCUUCACCCGCUUUGAGGUCACCAACUGCAGUGUUGCAGAAACAGAAACAGCAAGUACUGCCAUCCCUGGGGUCUCGGACAAGGAUCACAGCCCCACAGGAGUGAAGGCCUUGUCCACCUCUGGUACAUCAGCUUUGCCAGACCCCUCUGACAUCAAAUCGUACAUCACCAAAUCCACAACCUUGGCUGAGGCUUUGUCAACAGCCAGUGCCACAGAGUCAGCCACACCUGAUGCCACCGUUGAGACCCCACCCCCCACCGGUAGCGCCGCAGAGACAGAAACAACAGCAGGCAAGGGCACUACCCUUAGUGGAACUUCAGUAACAGUCAGCAUGGACCCCUCGGGAGAAACCUCGGCCUUCUCUGAGGAGACACCAAGCCACAUCGAAGUCUCAGGAGUAGUCACAGUCACAGAGGCUGGGUCAACAGUGGCCAAAGUGACUUCCUCUGCAGGGUCCUCAGCUUCAGUCUACAGCCCCUCAGAAGUAGCCACCAUCAAGAAGUCCACCCCGGCAGAGACGUCUGCCACAGACAGUACAACCAAUGGGCCCUUCCCCGUCAGCAGGAGCCCUCUUCCUUCUGUCCCUCCGACGACAGGCAACGGCAGCCCAGGAACAAGCAUCACCUUAGCCAAGACCAUGACCUCAGCAAAGACCGUGACGAAGCCCCCAACAGCCACUGCUGCCGCUGCUCAGACAAGGCGGAACACAACAGCUCCUGCAAGUGGAGACGGAGGCUUCCUCCUCCUGCGGCUGAGUGUGGCCUCCCCAGAAGACCUCACUGACCCCAGAGUGGCAGAGAGGUUCAUGCAGCAGCUCCGCCAUGAACUGCAUACCCGCCUGCCUCCCAUCCAAGUCUCCUUACUGCGCGCCAGGAGGGGCUAGAGAGUAUCAGCGGCUGCCAGGCGUGCCCCAUGUGCCAAAACAGGGACAGAGCUGCCUGUGGCCUGGGCCCCCACCAACAGACUGGAGCCACAUUACUGUGCUGAGAUGUACCUGGAAGAGUCCCAUGAAGGGCAGCUGGCCCAAUCCCCCUACCCCAGAGGUGGCAACAGGACCCUGGCUCACAUAUGCCUGGGUGAGUGUGUGUGAGGCAGGGGGGCGGGGCUUUCCCUGUUCCCAAGGGUGUCCUUGGACUUCCUUGGCACAUGUGCUGUGUUUCAGUAAAGAGAGACCUGACCGCCCA